AUGGGCACGUGGGAGCACUUUGCGAACAGUGUGCCGAUGAUCCUGCAAAACGGCAUUGGCGGUAUGAGUUUCUGUGGCGCUGACAUCGGUGGCUUCUUCGGCAAUCCUGACUCGGAGCUGCUCGUGCGCUGGUACCAGGCUGGCAUUUUCGAGCCGUUUUUCCGUGCACACGCCCAUAUCGACACCAAGCGCCGCGAGCCAUACCUGUUUGACGGCGAGGUCGGCGACGCGCUCCGCAUGCUCCUGCAGCUACGCUACAAGCUCCUGCCUGUUUGGUACACGGCGUUCUGGGAUUCCAGCGUGAAUGGCCAGCCUGUGUUGAAGCCCCAGGCCCUCAUGUUCCCGGACGAUCCACGUGGCUUUGCUAUUGACGACCAGUAUUACCUUGGCGAGUCCGGCCUCCUUGUGAAGCCACCCGCAAAACAAGGCAUCUCGCAUGUCGAUAUGUACUUGGCCGAUGACCAGGACUACUUCCACUACCACACCAAGGCUGUAUACCGCGGCCGGGGCGUCGUCCACGUGCCAGCGCCGCUGAACGUGCAAAUGCCCCUCUUGCAGCGUGGCGGCUCCAUCUUGCCCGUCCGCGAGCGCUUGCGUCGAGCAGCGGAGCUGCAACGCUUGGAUCCAUUCUCACUGCACGUGGCUAUUGGCCGCGACGGCUCGGCACAUGGUCACUUGUACAUGGACGAUGGCCAGACAUAUGCCUACCGUGACCAGCAAGCGUUCAUUGCGCGUGCAUUCACCUGGGCGCCUGAGAGUCCGACGCGCCGUGUCAGCGUCGCUGCCGACAUCGAACGAUGGCUCCGUUCUCCAGCGCGCAGGCAAUCCAUAUGA